AUGGCGUUGGUGGUGACGGUGGCGGCGAGUGCGGCCCACGAGCAGCGGCUGUAUCUGGGUACUGCGUCGGGAGGGGCACUCAAGCCCGGAUGGCGGGAUGCGACGACGACGGGAGCGCUCAUUGGGCUCUCGCGUGGGCCUGGUGGUCCGUACGAUGCGUCGGGCGGGGCAACGCUUUUGGUUGGACGCAACUACACGCUUGUCAACGAGUCGCCGCACACGGUGUACCUGACAACGACGCCCGGCGUGGUCUUCGGGCACACGUCAGGGGGAGGGAUGCCAUCGGGCGAUGGCAAUUCUGUGGCGGCGAGCGCGUUUGGCUCGGGCAGCGACGUCAUUCCGUCGGGCGGAUCGGCUGUGCUGAUGACCCGCGAGCUGACGGCGCCAAAUGUGUUGUUCUUCCAGUCGACGACGGCCGCCAACCUUGGAUGGCUCCUCUCGCUAGUGAGCUGCACGGCGCCAGCCCCGCCCGAGACGCCGCAGCUUAUUUCACCGGCAGCCGGCGCGGCGGUGGACGUCGGCGUCCGUCUCAGCUGGGAGCCGGUCUCGGAAUGGGGCGUCAACUGCGCCGCGCUUGCGGCCGAGGCCGGCGGUACAGGCUCGACCGAAGCUAGCGGAUGGAAGUACCGCGUGCUCGUCCGCGAGGGCUCAUCGCUUGCGCCGCUGAAUGCCAGCUUUGAUGCACCGGGGCAGGUUGGGUCGGGGCUGACGGCGUCGCACGAGCCGUUUCUUGUCCUCACGCAGGCGUCGAUUCAGCCAGGCACGACGUACGCGUGGGCGGUGCAGGCGACCAACGGGGCCGUGAGCGCUAUGUCGAACGUGCGGACCUUUACUGUCCGCGGCUCGGUGACGCCGUCGCCGACGCCUGCGCCCGCCCCCAGCAACGGCGUCCUUGGCAUCCACCGGAUCCUCCCGACGGUGCCGGCAUCGGCAGUCGGCUACGCAUACUUUACGGUCGAGUUGGAGACGCCCGGCGGCGAGCUUGUCAUCACAGGCUCGUCUGCGAGCCUUCCAAUUCCCGGUGCGCCGGCUGCUGGCUCUAUCAAGCUGUAUGCUAACUCUGGUAAUGGGACCGGCGACGAGGUGAUGCGGUUUCCGCGGGCAGGGGAGGCCACGUAUGUGUCGAGCGAAGACGAUGCGAGCGCACGCCAGACGAUCGUCGUGGCGAGUGCGACGAGUUCGCGGUACUAUGUGGGUGUGGGCGCGGCGUCGGGCGCGGCGACGUUCUCGCUGGCGGCAACGUACGCCUGUCCGCAUGGAAUGUACCUCAGCGAUCCGACGUCGACGCGGUGCGAGGCAUGCCCAGUCGGCGCGGUGACGAGCUCGGCGGGUGCGACGUCGCGUGAGGCGUGCGUGUGUGGGCCGGGCUACUACGGCGAUGCCGCGACCGGGCUCUGCAGCGCGUGCCCAGAGGGCGGGGUGUGCAUGGGCGGAAGGGCACCGGGCGCGAUGGCAGGCUUCUUUGCGGCAUCGUCGGAUCGCGGCGCAGUGGCGUACAAGUGCCCUCAGCCUGUGGCGUGCCUUGGCGGAGCAGCACCGAGCCAGUGCCGGACUGGGUACGCGGGCGAGCUCUGCUCAUCGUGCGCCAAGGGAAGCCACUACGAGCUCAACUCGCGGUGCUUUGAGUGCCCGGCGGCACCGGAGCUCAACAUGCUUGUGGGUGUGGCGCUCCUUGUGCUCUUCCUCCUUGCGUCCGGCGAGCUUGCGCGGUUCUACAGGCACUUUGCGUGUGUGCCUGUGGCGAUCAACUUUGUGCAGACGGUUGCCAUUCUCCCGCUGUUCCAGCUCGAGUGGCCGCAGCACCUUGUCCUGUUCUUUAACGACUGCUCGGGCUUCAAUCUCAACCCGGAGCUGACGGCGGCCAACUGCUAUGUGGAGAUGAAGUGGCGGACGUUCUGGCUGUUCAAGCUUCUGCUUCCUGUGGUGGUAGCAGCUCUCUUUGGCGCAGUGUACGCAGCAGUUCGGAGCGGGGCGACGCUCGGGCUUAAGUGUUGCGCAGACGGAUGGUCGUAUCUCGGACUCGGCCGUGCGCUGAAGCGGCGACUGGUGCCUGCCUACAUGACCUUUCUCAUGUUUGUGUAUGUCUCGGUUGCCGGGGCAGCGCUCUCGUUCUUUGACUGCACCAAGCAGCCGGACGGAUCGUACACGCUCGAUGCGUCUGCAGACAUUGUAUGCUACGGAUCAAGCUGGUACGAGUUGCUCCCCGCAGCGGUUCUGGGCGUCUUUGUGUACGCCGUCGGUAUUCCUGUGGUCCUACUUGUGGUCCUCAUCGAGCGGUCGCGACAUUUGUACGCGGUCACGCCGCACGGCGAUGCGAUCUACGCCUACCUCGGCCCGCUCUACCUCCGGUACCGGCCCGAGGUUUACUGGUGGGAGGCGAUUCAUUUUGCGCGAAAGGCUGCACUCCUUGCGUGGGCGUACUUUCUCACCACGUUUACGCUGGUGCAGGCUGCAGGAGCGCUCGCGACGGUAGUCGGCUUUCUGGUGGCGCACCUCGUGGUGGGUCCGUACGAGUACGGGCUGGCAAACCAGCUCGACGCGCUGCUGCAGGGCAUCAUCGGCGUUCUCCUCCUCGCCGGCUUGCUCUUCCAGUCGGGAAGCUUGCCAGAGACGGCGUCGAUGGACGAGAUCGUGUUUGCGAUUGUGGCGACACUGUUUGUGGUCGCGCUGGUGGUGUCGGUGGCGGCUGCCCUCCGUGAGCUGUAUGUGCUGGAGACACCAGUCUCGCACGAGCAGCUCGAGGGCAUUCGCGAGCGGCUUGGCGCGGCCGAGACGCUGCACUUUGACAACGUCGAGGCGCUGGCGGCAGGAAAGGCAGCACCGACCGGCGGCUACAACACACCCGGCACAACGGCGUAUGAGUACGAGUACGCGUCGUCGUCAUAG